AUGACUGUUCAACAAUACUACACGUUUGAGAACGAAGCAAAGUUACCAAAGAUCCCGGUUCCUCUGUUGGUUUCUACUACUCAACAAUUAUUGGGAUCUUUGAAACCACUUAUGCCUCAAGAGGAUUAUUCUGAUAUUGUUAGUGAAGCUACUGAGUUUGUUUCUGAUAGUUUAAUCAAUUUGAUCCAAAAACAUUUGGAAGCAAUUGCGGAGAAUGACAAGUACCCCAACUAUUUGAAUUUUGUGAAUAAUGAUAUGACUCCGUCAAUUUAUGGUGAGAUUAGGGGUGAUAUUUUACCAAGAAAUCCUUAUCUUAUUUUGGAAGAAGAUCCUUAUAGUAAAACUAUCAACCCACCAAAUCAAGCUCAAAGAGCAGCCAAUUUGAUCAAUUCAAGUUUGAAAUUUAUUAUCACUUUGAGAAAUGAAACUUUGAAACCAGAUAUUACUCCUAAAAAUGGUAACCCAUUAACCAUGAAAUGUUACAGAAACUUGUUUGGUACCACCAGAAUUCCAGAAUUUGAGGAACAUAAUCAUGAUGUCAAAAUGAGAAAAUACAACCAUAUCAAUGAUUCUCGACAUAUCUUGAUUAUUUCCAACAAUCAAUUCUAUACUUUGGAAGUCAUCACUGAAUAUAAGGAAGAUGAGUAUCAAGAAACCAAAUCAAAGCACAAGAUUUGGUUCAAUGAUCAUGAACUUUCUUUAAUUUUACAACAAAUCAUUGAUGAAUCUAAUAAAGUUGAUGCUGUGAAAUCUAUUAACAACUCCAUUGGUUCAUUAACCACUCAAACCUUGAAACAUUGGAAAUUGGCUAGAUUGGAAUUGGAACAAUCCAAUACUGAAAAUAUCAAGAAAAUUGAUGAUGCAUUGUUUGUCUUGAUUUUGGAUUCUAAUACUCCAGAAACCGAUGGUGAAAAAACUGCUGUUAUCUCCCAUGGUACUUCUGUAUUAUCUUCUGAUAAUGUUCAGAUUGGUACUUGUACUUCUCGUUGGUAUGAUAAAUUGCAAUUGAUUGUCACUCAGAAUUCCGUUGCUGGUGUUGUUUGGGAAUCCAUGUCUAUGGAUAGUACUGCUAUUUUGAGAUUCAUUAGUGAUAUUUAUACCGAUUCAGUUUUGAAGUUGGCCAAGAAUAUCAAUGGAUCAGAAUACACUUUGUUUGAUUCCAACAUUAGAUUCGAAUCUUCUUCAGUCAGCAAACCAGAUGCAAAGAUGAUUCAUUUCAACAAAACCAAGGAAUUACAAAACAUUAUCCAUCUUUCAGAAACCAGAUUGGCCGAUUUGAUUAAUCAACAUGAGUAUAUGACCCAUCGUAUUAAAUUGGAUUCUUAUUUGACUAGCAAGUUCAAUCUUUCUGUUGAUUCAAUUAUGCAAAUUUGUUUCCAAAUUGCCUACUAUUCAUUGUAUGGUAGAGUUGUUAAUACUUUGGAACCAAUCACCACCAGAAAAUUCAUGGAUGCUAGAACUGAGUUGAUCCCAGUUCAAAAUGAUGCUCUUGCUAAUUUGGUUAAGCUUUAUAUCACCAGUGCUAGUUCACUGGAGAAAUUUGAGGCAUUCAAGAAAUGUUGUGAAUUACAUACUCGUCAAUAUCAUGACGCCAUGAUUGGUAAAGGAUUUGAAAGACAUUUGAUGACAAUUAUUCAAGUUAUCAAGAAGCCAACAGCUGUUGCUAGAUUAAAUGAAGUUAAUAAACAUUUACCGCCAAUUCCCGAUUUAACCAAGGAAGCAAUUGCCAUUCCAUUAUUGUUGAAUCCAGCUAUUGAUAAAUUGCUGAGUCCAGAAUUGUUGAUUUCCAAUUGUGGUAAUCCAGCUUUGAGAUUAUUUGGUAUUCCACCUGCUAUUGAUCAAGGUUUUGGUAUUGGAUACAUUAUCCAUCGUGACAAAGUUUUGAUUACUGUUUGUUCUAAACAUAGACAAACUGAAAGAUUUUUAGAUACUUUCCAUCGUGUUGUUCGUGACUUGAAAGUCAAUUUGAGACAAAAGAGUAACUUUUUACUUUCUAUCAGUGAUUCUGAGCAAAGAAAACACGAGUUGCAAAGAUUAAGAAUUGAACAUGAAUUGAGUCACGUUUCAUUAGAUAUUCCAUCUAUGAGACACCCAAUUCCUUUAACAGUGGGUAAGAAUGAAAUCCCUAUUGACAAUGUUACUUUGAAAAAAGAUGAACCAGAUAAUAAUAAUGAUGAUACCACCACCACCGGUGCUACCAAGAAAUCAGAUUCAGAUGAAGAUGAUGAAGCUGAUAAUUUUGAAUUGAUGGGUGGUUAUGGAUAUUUUGAUUUUGGUGAAUUAGAAUUGAGAUCAGAUGAACUUUCAAGAAACGAUUCUUACUUGAAUAGUCAAACUCAUUCUAAUCUUUCUAGUGCAUUAAGUUCAAGACGUCAUUCAUUUACAAACUUGUUGAAGAUUGCCAGUAGAACCAAUGCUCAAAAUUAUGAUAUCAAAGAGAAACAAUCACUUUCAGAAAGAAUCAGAGACAAAUUAUCCCACAGUGAAGAUACAUUACCUUCUGGAAGUGGAUCGGCCAUCGACUCUUCUGCCGAUGAAGCAGAACCAGUAGAAGAAGAAGAAGAACCUACUAAAAAGAGUUCUAUUGGUAGAUCUUUGGACAUGUCCAAAUUUAACUAA